AUAGGAUGAUAAGCGGGAGUGUAAGAAGGAACAUAAAAGUGGGAUGAUGAACGUAUGAUUCCUGGGCGAGGAGAGGAGUUAAGUUAAUUAGUAGUCGUCCUGUGCAACCGGAAGCAGCCCUGACAAGGACAAGAGAGAUGCAGAACAAAAGGAACCUCGACCUGGAGAGCGAGGACAGGUAGACGGACAGAGCAAGGUCCCCAGGCGGAGUUCUAGCCAGCUGGUGGAAAGGUGGAAGCCGGUCCCGGUCAAAAUCUUCAGGAUAGUUACUCGAAGUUUCUGCUGCUUUUCUGGCGUGGUUUUCAGUGGCCGUUUGUCUUGUUGAGGGAAUAUAUCCCCAUCCCAUCUCAAUCCCGUAUAUUCUUCCUCAACGGAGCAGCCGGAAGCACCAGGAAGGUGAGUUGUGAUCGAGAGGACCAGCAGUGAAGAGCAGAGAGCAUGUAAUAUCUCAUCUGUAUAUCUCCACUUGCCGCUGUCUAUUAUGCAUGAAACAGACUCAGGUACGACCAAAGCGAAAAAAAAGCAACAGCUUCUCUCUGUCUCUUAUUCUCUCUAGGCUCAAUCUUUCUGUUUUGCCCUCUUUUCCUUGUCUUCUUCUGGAGGCUCCUCCUCCAGGCUUGGUCAUUGACCCUCAAAAAGGUAGCCCUCGAGCUUACCUGUUCCCUCCUGUUUUCACGGUUCGUGCCAGUCGAUCGUUGGCGUCACACUUGCGGGUGGCAUCAAGCACAAACUGUAAAUCCCUUGCUGACGAUCCGUUUAGAAGAAGCAAAUACAAGUCCAAAGCCCAAAAAGAGCCCAAGAGAAGGAGAGAUUCUUCUUCGUCUUCUUUUUGCUUCCGGGGUGGCGACCGUAAAUGUCGGCUUGCUGGGCUGGCUUCUUCUGGCCCCCCUUGCUUUUUCCAACCUUUCGCUGGGAACUGGGCUUUCCCUCUACCUUUUUUUGUUUUUUUUUGUUAUUAUUUGCUUUUUCUCCUCUCUGCUGCUUCUCUCUCCUUUUCAAACUCUGGAAACUCUGGAAAAGAGAGAAGAGAGUUAAGGCCAGAAAGUGAUUAUAUAUCGCUGGUUGGUAGGCAAUAUAGCUUAUAGGCUUUAUAAUCGAAGUUUGAAAAGCAAUAAUAAAUCUGGAACUCUUCUUUAGCAAUUUCCUAGAAGGUGAAAAGAAUCCCCUUACCUGACUCAUGGCUUGGUCUAAGUAGAGGCAACAGCAGAGCCAGCAGCGAAAGGGGGAGAGCUGCCGGUCGAGUCGCCGGUGCAUCCUCGCCCUGGCCCUUCUCAUCUCCA